UUUCUGCCCUCAUGUGGACAAACUCAGUAUUACAGCAUCUCUGAUUAAAUAAUAAAUAAAAAAUUCAAGGAUUUGAAGUGCAAUAUACACAGAACAGGCAAAAAGUUUGGACACACCUUCUUUUUCAAUGCGUUUUCUUUAAUUUCAUGACUAUUUACAUUAUGCCAAAGGGUCAAUGUUUUAAAUAAUUAAAUGAAGCAGUAAUGUCCCCAUUUGAGGACGCAGGGUCUCAAGAGGAUAUAUAUAUAUAUAUAUAUAUUUCCAUAGUGUCCACCAAACGUUUUCUCAUUAGAGGCAACUGUAUGAUGAAAUCUCUGCUUACUGUAACCGGAUUCCGCACUGUAAGACUAGAUGUAAACGUACAUUAGGACUGAAUGAUGAGUUAAGAGUUAUUAAACCCUGAGAAUUCCCUGCGCUCAUCUCAUGCUGAAGGAGCUGAGUCGCCGGGACUGGAAAAACCACAGGUCAACAGACACUCAAUCUGCUUGCCCAGAACCUAAAAUUAGGACGUUGUUUACGUCUGGGGUUCACUGAAGUGCUGCAGAGACAUGGAGCUCCAAAAAUAGACGGUAAAUAUUAGAAGCAGGGUCUUCGAUGUCAAUUAAAACACUAGCUGGUCCAGAAACAGGCAGUUCAGAGCUCGACCAUCCGGCAUGGACUUCACAGCGUACUACCUGCCAACGCAAUGGGAGGUGGCGUGGAGGAGAGAGAAAGAGAGACGGAAGCGAGUGAUGCAGGAAGGUGGGGAGAGGGCUGUGGAGGAGCACAGACGUAUGCAGUGGAUCAGGGCCUACAACGACAGGAAGAUGGCGUUGAAAAAGAAGGAGAGGGAGGAGAAAGAAGAGACAGAGGCAAAGGACAAGACGGAGAACAUGGAGAACGACCAAGCGAAAGAAGAAAAAGACCCAGAAAAAGAAAAAGAGAAGCUAGAGACGACCGACUGCAAGCAACACUUGUACCCUACCGAGGUCUUCAAAGCCCUGGAAGCCCUGAGGCAGUUCUCCGUCCUCACUGACCUGACCUUCAGUGUUGAUGGUGGGCAUUGCCUCCGGGUCCACUCCCUGGUCCUGGCUGCAGUGAGCACCACCGUCCAGGAGAUGCUCAAAAAGAGGAUGGAUAAAGAGAACGUGAAAAGUAAGAUGUUUAUAAGACUAGGUCCGGAAGUGACCAAACUCGGUCUGUGCGCAGUGCUGGAGUUCGCCUACACCGGAACCAUCGACUGCCUCAACCGAGACUCUCUGGUUCAGGUUCGGGCAGCUGCCCUCAGCCUGGGCAUUCCCAGAGUUCUGGAGCUCUGCGGAGAAGAAACGGAAAAGGAGGAGAAAAAGAGGAAGAAAGAUGGAGGCAAGAAGGUGGAGGAGCGAAAGAAGCUCUCCGCAGAAGAACAGAUGGAGGUCAGUCUGUGGAGCAUCCAGAAGCUCUGGGCGGAGGGCGUAGGCUGCGAUGUGGAGCUGGAGGCUGAAGGUCAUGCAUUCAAUGCACAUAAGGUCCUCUUGGUGGCAAGCAGCGACUACUUCCACGGGAUGUUCAUCAGCGGUAUGAAGGAGAGUCGCCAGGCGUCGGUGUCCCUGAUGUUGAUAGGAGCACCCGAACUUGAAGCCCUCAUCCACUGCUGCUACACUGGAACAUUGGUCCUGGGCUGGGACUGCAUCUUUGAGAUUACCUGCAGUGCCCUUCAGUUCCAGUUCCAGCCCGCCCUCUCGCUUUGCCUUGGCUUCCUCUGGCAGCACAUCGACCUCAACAGCUGCCUGGACGUGGCAGCUUUUGCUGAAGCGUACAUGAUAAGCGACUUGCUCGAAGCGGCCGAAGACUUCGUCCUUCUGCACUUCCACGAAGUCGCGGACACUCCCAAGUUUCAAGACCUUCCAGCACAGAAGCUUCUAGACUUAUUGGAACAUGACGGCUUGUGUGCUCCCUCCGAGCUGGCUGUUUUUAGGGCGGUGGUGACGUGGAUUGAGGCGGACCCAGAGGAGAGGUUGCCUCUCGCCCAGGGGUUGAUGGCAGGGGUGCGCUUCCCACUUAUGACCUUCAAGGAGUUCCGAGAAGUUCGAGCCGUCAACCUGCAGAUGGAGUGCAGCAGCGAUUGCAGCAUUGAGCUGUACGGUUCAGCAUUGAAGGAGUUUGGAUUUGGAGUUUCCUGUCCUAAGGUGCAGCAUCGGGUACGCCACCCCAAAGAUGCCCUCGUUCUGGUGGGCGGCGAUAAGCUAGAAGAUGGACUACGGCUUCCGAGUCGAGAGCUGUGGUUCGCUAACUCCAUGCGUAGCUGCCUGGGAAUGGUGAAGGAGAUGGAGUGGAGGAUUCUGGGAGAAAUGCCAGAACAAGCCAGAUUCAGGCAUGGAGUGAGUGUCUUUGACGGGAAGGUCUAUGUAGCGGGAGGUUGCCACUACUAUGCAACGGCAAAUACAAUGAAAUCUGUGUACAGGUAUGAUCCGUUGAAAAACUCUUGGGAGAGGCUGGCAGAUAUGCUGGAGAAGAGGAGUAGCUUCAUCAUGGUGGUGAGAAGAGGUAUCCUGUACGCUGUUGGCGGAGACCGGGACAUUAACACCAACAUGGACACCGUAGAAAAGUACUCUCCAGACAAGGAUACAUGGAGCUAUGUGCAGCCGCUGGACCAGCCCCUGAGCGGUCAUGCCGCCACCGUGUGGGAAGGCGAGAUUUUCAUCUCAGGAGGUUUUAACUGUAAGUACCAGUGCCUGGUCUCCAUGCUGCUGUACCACCCGGAGCGUGGCACCACCUACCUGGCAGACAUGGCGCAGGACCGGGCGCUGCACUGCAUGGAGCAGCUGGCUAAUCGCUUCUACGUUGCUGGAGGAGCCUGUAGCCUGAACAAGUUCUACACCAACCAACUCUCCUGUGAAUCCUACGACCCCAUGACCGACACCUGGACCACGUUCACGCCGCUGCCCCAGGCCCACGUGGGCGCCGCCUCCGCCGUGCUGGAGGAGAAGGUGUACGUUCUGGGCGGGUACUGCCAGGAGGACUACACCGAGGCCCGGAUGGUGCACCGCUACGACCCCGUCACCCUGCGGUGGGAAAGCAUGGGUAACCUAGUAGGUCCUGUCUCAGAUCUACGGGCCUGCGUCAUCCGCCUACCUGAGGAUCUCAGGAAGUGAUGAGAUACUGAGAAGAAUUUAACCCUUUGAACUCUGGUCUGUUUUGGUGUGUUUUUGUCUCCGUUUUUGUUUUCAGUUCCUCUUUCAGGACAGUAAUUAUAUCAGACAGACACAUUCUCUGAUCUCUCUUACUCCAGAAGACGUACAUUUAAAAUGUAAAAGGAAGCAGAAGUGUUAUAUAUUUCCUGGAACUGAUCAUGUUUUGCUCAAAAUUUUACCAAGUGCCUGUUUUUUUUUUGUUUUGUUUUUUUUUACCUAUUUUUGAAUGUAUAGACUUUAAAUAUAUUCACUCCUAUAAGAUAUAUUUAAAAAAAAUGGUUAGACUAGAGUGUUAAUGAGUUAAAAGCAUAAGAAUAUUGAUAUAUAGUUCAUUUCAUGGCUUAUUACUUUGACAUGGAGAUAUUAGGUUUUUGCUUUUGUUUUUGAUUUUCUGAGACUGCAGUGAAACUGUGUUAGAAUUAAAAAAAAUUUAGUAUAGUUUUACACUGUGUAUUUGUGUAUUUUCACUUUAUUAUUAAUUCUAAUAUUUAAAAAUGUUAUUUUACAUUAGAAACAUAAUACAAUUUUGGGGUUUGUGUAGUGUAAACUAGCUUAAUUUUAGAUAAAUUAAUCAAUUAAAUGUUUUACAUUUUAUUACGAAUA